AUGGCACCGCGACUGCGGCGGAAAGGAGAACCUGCGCCCGUGUAUGGUUCUGGUAGUGACGAGUUCACAGUAGAGGUCCGACAUGGCGGGUUUUUUGUUGGGCAUGGCCAGUUGAGGAGCUAUGUGGAUGGGAAGGUUUCUUGGUUCGAUUAUUGUGAGUCAGAGACAUGGUCUCCUUUGUGGUUUGAUGAUUUCAUAGAGCAACUUGGAUAUGAGAGGACUGAAAGCAUGAGGAUUUACUGGCAGUUACCUGGGAAGGAUGUGGCUGAUGGAUUAAGAGUGAUUUCCAAUGACUCAGACACUAAUGUGAUGGUGUCAGUUGUAGAUAGGGUCAAGAACCUUGUGGUAUACUUUGAUCAUGAUGACAACAUUGCAGGCUUGGGCUUUGAUGAUAUUGUAGUGAACCCAAUUGCUGAGUUGCCCAAGGUACUGAGCCCUCACAAGGUGCAGUAUGUUCCAAAGAAGGUGGAUGAGAAGCUACCAAAUUUUUACAGUGAUGUACCAACCACUAGUAGAGGCAUGGUAGAUGAUGAAGGAAGUGAUUCAAGUGGUGGUGGUGAUGAUGGCAGUUCUGAAGACUCAGAUUUCGUGGACAGUGACUGUGAAAUUGAUGCAGAUGAUGAUGAUUUAUUUGUUAAGAAUGUUGAUGUGGGGGUGAAUGAUGAGGGUGCAGCUGUGAAUGCAUCAUCAAGUCAAGGUGCUGCUGAUGAUAUUUGUAUAGAUGAGGACUGCUUGGAUCUUCCAGAUUCUGAGGAUGAAGGAUUAAGGUUCAAGUCUUGGUCUGCAGAGGACUUAAGUAAUCCAGUGUUCAAACCAGGGAUGAUGUUUCCUUCAGUUGAGGUUUUGAGGAAGGCAAUCACUGAAUACAGUGUAAAGAAUAGGGUGCAGAUAAAGAUGCCAAGGAAUGAUAGAACUAGGAUAGAGGCUCACUGUGCUCCAGAAUGUCCAUGGAGGUUGUAUGCUUCCCAUGAUAGCAGGGCCAAAUGUUUCAUGGUCAAGACAUAUCAGAGUGAGCACAACUGUCAAAAGGAAUUUGUUUUGCAGAGAUGCACUUCCAAGUGGCUAGUAGAGAAGUACAUUGAGGUGUUCAGAAGUAAUGAUAAACUGAGUUUGGCAAACUUUGCAAAGGUUGUGCAGAGAGAAUGGAAUCUAACCCCAACUAGAACCAAGUUGGCAAGAGCUAGGCUUAUUGCUCUGAAGAAGGUCCACGGAGAUGAGGAAGAGCAGUACAACCAGUUAUGGGAUUAUGGGCAAGAGCUAAGGAGAAGUAAUCCUGGGACAUCUUUCUAUCUCAAUGUAGUGUCUAAUCAUUUCAGCACCUGCUAUUUUUCAUUGGAUGCAUCCAAAAGGGGAUUUCUAAGUGCAUGCAGGCCCUUGAUAUGCUUGGAUGGGUGCCACAUAAAGACCAGAACUGGAGGAAUUCUAUUGACUGCAGUAGGUAUUGAUCCUAAUGACUGUAUAUAUCCCAUUGCAAUGGCUGUGGUUGAGGUAGAGUGCAAGGACUCAUGGCUGUGGUUCUUGAAUACAUUGAAGAGUGAUCUUGGAAUUGAGAGCACUUAUCCUUGGACUGUAAUGACUGAUAAACAAAAGGGUAUGAUCCCUGCUGUGGAGCAAGUCUUUCCAGAAGCAGAACAUAGGUUCUGUGUUAGGCACUUAUACUCCAAUUUCCAGCAGCACUUCAAGGGAGAGACACUGAAGAAUCAGCUAUGGAUGUGUGCAAGAUCAACCACUGUGAUGGAUUGGAACACAAACAUGGACCAAAUGAAGACAUUAAAUGCAGCUGCCUACACAUGUUGUGAGGUGUUCAACAGAUACAUACUAGAAGGAAGGGAAUUGCCUAUACUCUCUAUGUUUGAGAAGAUCAAGUGUCAAAUGAUGACUAGGAUUGUGAACAAGCAAAAAGAGAUGGCAGAAAAGUUCCAAGGUCCCCUGUGCCCCAAAAUUAGAAAGAAAAUUCUGAAGAGGUCUGAAUGGGCCAACUUGUGUUAUGCACUGCCUGCUGGCCAGAGUGUGUUUCAAGAGGACAUCCAGUAA